AUGACUGAUAUCUUACCUGGUCAUAUUCCUACGAGGAAUGAUGCAUGGCUAAAGCGGUUGGACGACCCAGAGAUGACCAUGUUACCAAAACUUCAUCAGAAAACAAUCAAGUAUACUGAUGCCAUGGCCGAGGCUACGGAUCAGAUGCGUAAGUUCGAUUUGAUUGAAUUUAAGACUGGGGACGUCGUUAUGAUACUCGCACAGGGAGCAACGACCAAAGCCAUGAAACCAUUGCUUGGCCUAAAAUCAGUGUUACCAUCUGAGAGCAAAGGAUGGCAGCAAGCCGCCUGA